GAAUUUGGAGAAAGAUUGAAAGGUUGAUCAUAGUAGAGCUGUGUAUAAAAAUUGAUGAUAGAUGGGAUAUAGAUAUCUCAGAACAAAACUUAAAAGAAGUGUUCUUAGAACAGGAUGUAGCUGAGAUACUUAGCAGGAGAAAGCUACAUAUUCGAG